AUGGGCGUUUUGAAAAUCGGGGUACCAUUACGCCAUCGAUGCGGCUUGACUAAUGAAGAUUUAAAUCGACGUUGGUGUAAGCCCAGUCCGGUUCUGCAUCCGUCUAUCUAUCAUACUAAGGGCCUAAUAGAAUAUUUAGUACGGGUCUGGAAGAAGCCUCCGCUUGUGUACUGCGACUACCACGGCCACUCGCGUAAAAAGAAUGUAUUCUUCUACGGUUGCGCUGGCGCUGAGAGCUGGUGCAGCAGCGAUCGCCUUGUACAAGAUGAACCGGUUAAAUACCUCAUGUUGCCAGCCUUGAUGCACAGAAUAUCACCUGCUUUUGCACUCGGUUCGUGUUCUUUCCGUGUAGAAAGAGAAAGGGAGAGUACCGCUCGGGUAACGGUAUGGAGACACCUUGGUGUUACGCGCUCUUACACAAUGGAAGCCUCUUUCUGCGGUUUCGAUCGUGGACCUUUUAAGGGUUUCCACCUGAACACCCAGCACCUACAGAAUGUCGGCAGCGACUUUUGUGAAGCUCUUAAUGGAUUGAACGACAGCGCUGCUAAUGUCGACAUUCAGCUAACGAAAGACCUCAAUGGAAAUAUCAUUGAAAUUCACUUAGCGGUGUCAGGGGACAAUAGCGAGGCAGCAGUGGAAAGCGAACUGGGCUCCGGCUCUGAUAGCGUUCUGAAAACCGAUUCAGAUGAAGACUUUGAUUAGUUACUGAAAAUUAAAAUAAAUAAUAGAUCGCUAGAGGCAUAUUAGGAUAAAGCGAGAUUACAUUAAAACUACAUCCUUAUUUUUAUUUAUUUAUUUUCGAGCCUUGAUUUUAUAAGUCGAGUGCAUUUUGUUCGCAUCCCUCAUUAGCAACGAAUUAUAUUGGACCAUAAUAUUUUAUUGAACCGCUUAAUCACUAAAAGUCUGUAACAAAAUAGACGUGGCGUGAGCUAUUAACUUGCACUUACGAGUUUUUAAUACUAAAAUUAUAAGCUGCAAGGUUCAAGUUUUUUUUUUGUUGAUAAAUUAGUAAUGAAAUUAGUUUUACUCAUUAAAAUUGUUAUAGAAUAAAUAAAAAUUUUGGUUGGGCUGUUUUUCGCAUAUUCGCAAUAUUUAAAGAACUUUAAAUUCUAGUUGUAGAAGAUUAUCACUAAUUGUCUAUGUCCAAUAUGGCCUAUACUUUAUAUACUUUAAAAAUAUAUUAAACUAUUAGAAACAAUAUUUUUUCUAAUACAAAUACGACAAUAAGACGUUAGGAACAUUCUCAGAGAUAUUGUAUUGAGUGUGUUCGUCCACUCUAAUGUAUGUACCUAUGGGAUUUAGUUUGUACCGAUUUUUUUACUGUCCCGAAACUGUGUUGUGGAAAGAUUUAUUCUAUUGUCAUAUAACGUAAAUUGUAUGUCGUUUGAGAUCUCAUUUGAAUUUUAAUAAAAUGUUUGUUUUUCAUUGUAGUUUUGUUUUUAAUUUAAAGUGUGUAU